AUGGCUUAUGUCGGGAGAAGUGCUGCCACGGAUGGGGCGAGAUAUCCGCGAGGCUCAGGACAUGUAGCGAAUAUCUUGAUAUGCUUUGGCUCUAGUGCUGUGAAAGCCAAGCUGCUUCCAAAAGUCUGGUUUGAUACUCCUGCAUCGACUGUCAUGCUAGUGACCGGGAUGGCUAAAGUCGCACAGUAG